GGAUGCUACAAGAGCUAUUUAUUGCUCAUCCUACAACUUGUUUAACGUGAUUUUUGGCACAAAUGCCGAGUGCCGAGCAGACUUAUAAAGACACGUUUUACCCAACUUUAUUUCGUAUAUUACUUCGAUGGAAUUAAAUUGAGAAGCAAAAUCAUAGCGCGAAUCUUCUAAUUAGUCACGCAUCAUCUCCAUCUCUCAAGGAUUUCUUAUUGUGCGCAUGAGUCUGACAUAAAGCAACGAACAUUAGUCAAUCUGGAAUCGGAUAGCGAAAUCGGGUUAUGGUUCUACAGCGGCGUACGAGAUAAAUGGAUUCGUCAAAGCUUCAGAUCACAUCCUGCUUCGGGAUGGCCGACGAUACAACAAUUGCCCACGAGGACAACGAUAACAACGGUUGCAUGGCGUCACUGCCAUCGCCUCCUCUCACCGUCUUCGAAAUUGAGUGUAAACCAGAACCAUGCUCCAAUUUAAAUAAUUCGAUCGAGGAUUUCUCAACAUUUGAUGAAUCCUCAACAUUAUACAUUCCGGUAACUACACCUACAAUAAAAAAUCCAAUUGUUUUGUUAGAAAGAUGUGAUAAAAUUUGGGAAACAUUACAGUUAAUAAAGACUGUACAAAUUGACAACUCAACAACAAUAAAAAUUGAAGAGGAUUAUAAUGAAAAUGAAAAAGAGAAGGAAACGCAGGCAGAAGUAGAGGAACAAGUAGAGGAACAAGUAGAGGAACAAGUAGGAGAACAUUCAAAUGAAGCUGUACAACCUAUAUCCUAUAGGAAGCAUCAACGAGCAUUGAGAAAUAAAAUAGUGCCAUUACCUUUCAAGUUUUCUGUUCAAAGAACAAAGAAGUUAUUUCCUUGUGAAACAUGUGGUAAACAAUAUUUGGAAAGACGGUCCUUAAGAAAACAUUCAGAAAGAAUACAUGGAAUUAUUCUCCCAUUACAACGUAAAUAUAAACGUGCUAAUAAGAUUUUAAUUCCUAAAAGGAAUUUGAACGAUAUCAAUUCGGUCGCUAGCGAAAAAAGUGAUAAUUCGAAAAAACGUGAUUAUAACACAGAUUCAUAUAGAAAGAUUACUGCAGAAACAAAACUUAAGAGUGUGGAAAGUAUUGCUCAACAAUCUACUCUAUCGAAACGAUUUGUUCGUUGUGCGUUAUGUCAACAAAAAGUAAUGUCUAUAAGAAAACAUUUGACUCAUUAUCACAAAAUUGGUGGUUCUUCAAGUAUGAUGGAACAGUUAGAAUCGUCGUUAAUAAUUGAAAAUAAAAAAUUACCUAAAAAUAAGAAAACUACAUUAAAAAAUAUAUUGUCCGGUGAACUUCCUAGUACGACACGUAAUGAAGAAAAUACUAGUAAAACAUCUUCAGUCAAGAGAAAACAACACAAUAUAUCAUUCUACCUAAAUACUACCAAAAGACUGAAGUUGGACAAUGAGCGUUCAUUUGUUAGUAAUAUGCCUACUACUGCGCAACAAAAGUUUAAUUUAAAUGUUACAUCAUACAAAUGUGACAUUUGCUUAGGAAUGUAUUCAUCUGCUCAUAGUUUGUACAAACAUAAACGCAAUCAUCUUUAUCGUGGAGAAACUAAAGAAAAUUUUCAUAAGUUUAAAUGUAGAUAUCUUAAUUCGCCAUUAAAUAAGAGAUAUAAAUUAUUGAAAUCUUCAACUGAUACCACUGUAAACAAUAUUAGUAAUGAUAUAAAUAAUUCCAAGUCCAAGACAUUGUUAGGUCAAAACAGCAAGACUUCUGACGAUAAUCGAAUAGCUCAUUACAACGGAACAAGAAGAAGAAGAAAUAGCAAUGAAACUACUUGCAUAUGUGGAAGAUCAUUUCGAAAUCCUCAUACUUUAUUUGUUCAUAAAGAAAAAUGUAAAUUAUGUAUGCAGGAAGAUCAACUAGAACAGCUGAGUGAUGAUAGAGAUUCUACAAACGGUAUUAGCAUAACAAUUAAGAAACGAAAUGAUUCCUACGAGAUAGUUGGUAAAGAUAAUGAUAAUGAAAAUGCACUCCAAGAAUCUAUUCCUGUCGAUGGAGAUGUUUCAUCUAAUAUACCUGACACGUUCAAUUCUAUUCUCAAAAGUACUGAUGCAUCGACUACACAAGAAGAAUUAGAUUCGUCCAAAUCAUCUAAUUAUAGUAAAGAUCAUAGCAUUUUGAAGUUACAGGUUACAGAAGAAGAUGUGAUCAUCGACAUCGAAGAUGAUGUACAAAUUGAUGUUGAUAAGAAUAAUACAGCGCGACAAGUAGUUAUGCAAGAAGAUGAUAAAAAGUGUUCAUCAAAGCAGCAAGAUAAGAAUAAGAAGAAUGUGAAGAAACAACCAGUUUUUGAUCAAGUCUGUACUUUGAGAGAAAUGUGUCAAGAAGUUCUUGACGUUCUUGAGAAGCCCAAAAUCGAUGCAGUAGGAAACAAAACUCAAGAAAACAACCAGAUUAAUGAUAAAAAUCAAGAUGUACAUCAGGAAAUGCAUCAGGAAAAUAAGAGAGCAUUAAGAUCUUCAGAUAGACGUCGUCAAAGUACCAAAAAAGAGUUCGAUUAUUCAUACGAUGGAAUAAAAGUUGGUACAUUUGAUCCAUUAUCGGCAUGUGGAUAUUGUGAUGAAGAGUUUGACAUGAUCAAUUCAUACGAUAAUCACGAAUGUACUGUUAAAGAGGGAAAAACAUUCGAUGAAUUUUCAUUACAAUUAGUGUGUUUUUAUUGUAAAGAUAUACUAAAUAAUUAUAGCGACUACGACAAGCAUAUAAAAGUCAAACAUUUUGAUAAUGCUUAUCAUUGUUACCAAUGCACCGAACGAUUCACGACUGAUAAAGCACGACUACAUCAUUUUCAUAGAGAGCACAAUGAUUCGUUUUGUAGAUUUUGUAAUAAAAAGAUGUCUAUUUCAGUGAAAAUUUUACACGAAGGUUAUCAUCUAGGUUUCGGCUAUCCCUGUCAUAGAUGUAAAAAAGCUUAUACGCUGAAAAGAAAUCUCUCUUAUCAUACAUCAACGAUACAUGCGAAAGAAGCCGAUAAUCUAAUAACUUGUAGCAUAUGUUUGAGAUUCGUGAAACUUAAAACUUUCCGACGUCAUAUGAAUAAUCAUAAGCAUAAUGCAUGUCAUUUUUGCGGCAAAUUAUUCUCGAAUAGAACAGGUUUAGAACUCCAUACUUUGAUACAGCAUGGUACACAUUCUAAAUUGAAAGGAAUAAAAAAAAAGAGCUACUGCAAUAGAAAAUAGUAAACAAAUUAUUCAUAUUAUUUUUUGUCUAAAGAAGAUAAUGUACAGACUGUUUAAGAAAGGCUCAGGACUCUGAAGUUUCUCUAAACUAUGUAAAAAAAACGUUUAAUCAAUGUAAUCUGAUAUAUAUUAUAUAUGAAUAAAAAAAGUAAAAGUAUUGUAUA